UAUUGCUCAGCCCAAGCCCAAGAUGGCGACGAGUAGUGACGUAUCAAGACCUCGUGAGAGCAAGCACACGAGAUUUGGAGAUGCCCGCCCUUCCGCCUGAAGGCAAGAGGCUCCUCACCAAAAGCUACUCGGAGCUGGAAUAUGAAAUUUAGAAAGAACCUCUACUUUGCAGACCUUUGAGAAAUAUGGGGAAAAAACUCACGAUGAAGGCAUUUCAGACCAUUUGUAGACAAAUAAGAAGUUCAAAAAUGUUUUCUCUAAGAUCAGGCCCUGGCCCUUUUGUGGGUUUCUCCACUUCCUCUUAUUCAUAUGUCCGGAAGAAAAAAAAUCCUUAUGAAGAAGUGGACCAAGCAAAAUAUUCUCGACUAGUCAAGUCUGUUUUGUCGUUUGGAGGCCAAGCCCAAGCCCAGACCCCAGAGUCAUUGUUGGAAGAAGAUGCUUUACUUUAUGGACCUGUGAUUAGACAUAACCCCCCCAAACCAAAUGAGGCAAAAGUUCCACAAAACUGGUUUCCUCUCUUCAAUACAGAGAGAAGUAAAAAGCCACAUAAGAGUGAUUCUUCAAUUCCUUUAAAAAUUCCUUUGCAAAAGAAGGCAGUACCGAGUGUAACCCAUGUCCUUCAGCAAACCAUGGCGUCAGAACAGAUUUUCGUUUUGGAGAGGUGGAAAAAGCGGAUGAUUCUGGAACUGGGAGAAGAUGGAUUUGCAGAAUAUACUUCAAACAACUUUUUACAAGGGAAACAGUUCCAUGAAGCCUUGGAAAGCAUACUUUCACCCCAAGGCAACUUACAAGAGAAAGAUGAAAAUCUCCUUCAAUGUGGUUAUAUUGAAAGUGUACAGCAUAUUUUGAAAGAUGUCAGUGGAGUACUAGCUCUUGAAAGCGCUGUUCAACAUGAGACCUUAAAGUAUGUAGGUCUGCUGGACUGUGUGGCUGAGUAUCAGGGAAAGCUGUGUGUGAUUGAUUGGAAGACAUCAGAAAAGCCAAAGCCAUUUAUCCGAAACACAUAUGACAACCCACUACAAGUUGUGGCAUACAUGGGUGCCAUAAAUCAUGAUGCCAACUACAGUUUUCAGGUUCAAUGUGGCUUAAUUGUGGUGGCCUACAAAGAUGGAUCCCCUGCCCAUCCACAUUUCAUGGAUGCGGAGCUGUGUUCCCAAUACUGGGUCAAGUGGCUUCUUCGACUAGAAGAAUAUGCAGAAAAGGAAAUGAACCAGACUAUACAGAAACCAGAUUAGGAGGCAGGACAUUACUUGGAAGUAUUUAGUCCUUUCACACUGCUUCAAAAGAUAGAUUGCAGUUCAUUAUGUUCUGAAAAUAGAGGUGCUGCUGAAUUUGAGAGCUACAUUGACCCAGCAAAAGUAUUAAUUGGUUGAAAUGUUACCAAAAAAAUUGAAAAGCCACAGAAGCCUAGAUUUAAAGAGCCAAAAGUCACUGCAUGUAAAUAUUCGAGGUAGCCUUUACUACUCUGACUGUUACUUACCUGAAAAGAGGGCGAGCAGGAUUGGCAGUCACAUUGGUGGUUCUUGGACUUCCUUAAAUAAGACUAUUAUGUCCUUGGCAGGAUGCCUAGGCUUUGAAUUGAGAUUGAGGGGCAAUGAGGCUUGGUGUGCUGUGCCAAGCAUUUUCCCAGGGAGAGAAGGGGCCAUGCACCUCUGGAGUUGGUGUAAAGGGAGAGCACAUCAGCUGAUCAGCAUUGCCAACACUGUUUUCUAAAAGUGUUUUUGCAUUUUGGGGUUCUAUAUUGUUGCAGUUAGUAAGCUAAACUUAGGUUUAACACUAACUACAUACAUAUAUGAUUAGCCUGGAGUAAACAGUGCUAUCUGGAAAGAUGGAGCAUGUGCACUAACUACAUCAUUGGCAGUUUUCCACCGUUUGCUUCCCAGUAGUGAGGGCCAGUGUGAAAAUCAUUGCAAGGGUUUCAUUUGCUGUUUCUGGUGUCAGUAGAUCAUAUAUGUAUAUGGAAAAUGUUUAUCACUCAUGGAAUUUUUCAUCUCUAAGGGACACUAAUGAAAUCAUUUUUUUCCUUGUGUUUGAUAUAUAGUAAAAGUUCUUGGUUGUCCCUGGGUUUGGGAAAGUUAAGUAAAAACACCCUCCUGGGA